UGCGCGCAAGGCUAUAAAUUAAGGCAUGAUCGAUAGGUGCGAGAGAGCAAAGGAAGAGGAGCUCCCAGUUGUCUGUCCAUUCAUCGGCUCCACAGGUGAUUCAGUAUAUAAUUUUGAGUAAAUAUCUAGAAAUGGAGAAGAUGGAUCACACUUUGCCAGCGGCUCCUUUCGUGGCGAAGACGUAUGAGAUGGUAAGCGACCCGAGGACGAAUUUGCUGAUCCGGUGGGGGAAGGGGGACAACAGCUUCCUCGUGCUCAAUCCCAGUGACUUCUCUCAGCUUCUUCUGCCCUUGUACUUCAAGCAUAAUAACUUCUCCAGCUUCGUCCGCCAGCUUAACACUUACGGAUUCAGGAAGGUGGAUCCGGAUAGAUGGGAAUUUGCUCAUCUGUCGUUCCUCAGAGGGCAGAUUCACCUCCUCCCUCGGAUCACACGAAGGACCAAGAAGAGCCAAUUUUACGAUGCUGCCAGCAGCAGUAGCGGCGGCGGUAUCAACAACGAUGAGAAGAAAGACACGGCAGCGGCUGCGGAGAUGGAAGGGGAAGUGGAGGACGUGGUGCUGCUGCGGGAGCUCCACCGGCUACGGCAAGAUCAGAUGGUGCUCGACGAAGAGCUCCAGCGGAUGAGCAAGCGGUUGCAGGCGACCGAGAGGAAGCCGCGUCAGAUGCUCUCCUUCCUCGUCCAGAUGGCCAAAGAGCCUCAGCUCGUGUCCAGACUCGUCCACUCUAAGAAGCUGCAGUACUCGGCGGCGGCCAAGAAGAGGCGUCUGGCGAGCGUCAUGCCGUCGCUGACUCCUCCACACCCGCCGCAGGAGCUCCCUGUUCUAGUCUCAGAGGCCUUCCAACAAACAGUUCGUGAGCCAGCGUUACUCACACAAGUAUACCCUGGCGUUGCCAUCCAUAAUACCUUCAACCCUAUUCCGGCUGGUAACGUCGUCAACCCACACGAGUUUGGACUCGACGCGAGUUCAGAGACGACGGCAGCAGCCGCAGCAGCCAAUUUCCCGUUCUCUUUACUUGGCCACGUAUUUUUCUAAUGUUUAAUUAAUGACAAAGCACCGCUCCAAAUCCAAUCUGGCGCCUGUGCGUUAGGAAGAUAUUUGUGUACUUUUCAUGAAGUAGAUCAGCGUUAUGAAAAUCUUUGAACGCCAUAAAGGUCAGAAAUGAUAACAAAGAUUUACCCUUAGUUGAAUAUUUA